AUGAUGCUGGAGCCAUGCCAGCAAGGCUCCAGCAUCAGUGCACACCAGUCUAUUGGCUUCAAGGGCAUCCUGCUGUUUGGCACCGAGGAGCAGAAACGGAAGUACCUACCCGGCCUGGCCGCUGGCGAGCAGCUGGCUGCCUACUGCCUCACCGAGCCUGGCAGUGGAUCAGAUGCAAUGUCUAUCAAGUCACGGGCUGAGCUGUCUCCAGAUGGGAAGCACUACAUUCUCAACGGUGGCAAAAUCUGGAUCAGCAAUGGUGGCAUUGCGGACAUCUUCACUGUAUUUGCUAAGACGCCUGUGAAGCUGGACUCGGGGGAGGUGCGUGAUCGCAUGACUGCCUUUAUUGUGGAGCGCUCUUUUGGAGGAGUCACCUCAGGACCUCCGGAGAAGAAAAUGGGCAUCAAGGGCUCCAACACAGCCUCCGUCUACUUUGACAACACUCCCGUGCCUGUCGAGAAUGUUCUUGGCAGCGUCGGGGAUGGUUUCAAGGUGGCGAUGCAGAUCCUGAACAAUGGCCGGUUUGGCAUGUCGGCCGUGCUGUGCGGCACCAUGCGGGCGGCCAUCACCAAGUCCGUGACUCAUGCCACGACACGUAUGCAGUUUGGCAGCCGGUUAGCUGCCUUUGGCAAUGUCCAGGAGAAACUGGCCAGCAUGGCAGCACGCCUCUACACGGCCGAGUCCCUUACCUACCUGCUGUCUGGAAACAUGGAUCGUGGAUUCACCGACUACCACCUCGAAGCAGCAAGCACCAAGGUGACAGCAUCUGAGUGUGCCUGGUACGUGACGGACGAGGCGAUCCAGAUCCACGGGGGCAUGGGUUUCAUGCGUGACGCAGGGCUGGAACGGUGCCUACGUGACCUCCGCAUCUUCCGUAUUUUCGAGGGAGCCAAUGACAUCCUGCGGCUCUUUGUUGCUCUGCAAGGGCUGCAGUACGCGGGCGGGCACCUGCGGGAGCUGCGGCGUGCCUUGCGCAACCCGGCUGCGCACCUGGGCCUCCUGUUUGACCAGGGCUCCAAGAGGGUGCGACGCGCUGUGGGCCUCAGCUCAACGGCGCCAACCCUGCAGCAGCACGUCCACACGCGUCUCGCUGGCCCCACUGCACUUGUGUCACGCUGCAUCGAGCUCUGCGGAGGGGCUGUCGAGCAUCUGCUCAUCAAGUACGGCCGUAACAUCAUCGAUGAGCAGUUUCUGCUGAUGCGGCUGGCCUACAGUGCCAUCGACGUGUAUGCCAUGGUGGCGGUGCUGUCACGAGCAAGCCUUGCCCUGGAGAAGUCGCUGCCCUCAGCCGAGCACGAGGCUCUCCUGGCCCAGCUCAUUUGCAGCGAGGCUAGCGAGCGUGUGCAGGCCAACUUGGGGGCCCUGCGGUCAUCUGAGAAGCAGGCCAAUUUCACCACCAUGCGUGCGGUGGCCGAAGGCAUGUGCGAAGCUGGUGGUGCUGUGCCCCUGAAUCCACUGGGUGUCUGAACCCUUCCUCAGUUGAUGGCAAGGUUUGCUUACAAAUGCCUUGACAGUGAUGAUGAUGAAGGGCAUGUGAAGAUGUGCACUGGUGGUGACACAGCCACACAAUGUGGUCACAUUUCUCCAGCAUCUGUUGGGGUAUCACAAUUGGCGGUACAAAGGUUAUAAGGGCACGGCCCCAUUGGACUGUCUUGUUUAGUCCUUGCAUACUGCAGUGCCACAGCUGCAAGGAGGAGCGAAUAGUGAUGUCACGCAUGUGCUGCAUACUCAUGUGGUGCAUACGCGUAGUGAUGAGCCAUAAGAUGCAUUGUCAUUUAGAGGAAUGUUGCUUCUGAUGGGCUGAUAAUAAAGCUAUUUCAGCAACCCACUGUCAAGAUGCAGUGCAGAUAACGUUACAGAACUGCAUCUGUGGUGCACGCUUUCAUUAUAGUGAAAGCUUUCAAAAUUUGUUGUGCAAUACCGUGCCUCUGUACAGUGCUUUAUUAGAUGGAUGGAAUUAUUUGCCACUAUGUCUGCAUGCAGUCUGGUGGGCUGAAACGGUGCCCAAGCCCCAAGUAAUUGCACCCCGAUUAGUGCAUCAUACACAGUUGUGCCGAUUUGGGUGCAGCGAAUUUCGCACCUGCUCUUUGACUGGCAUGGCUGCCAUUUGGCUGGGCACCUGAGCACAACACACCCCUACUGCAUUUUAAGUGCAUACAUUGUUUCAAUUGCCUGUAACCCUAUGACUCUGGACAUUUUGACCUGUUGAACUAUAUUUACAGAAAUGGUGAAGAUUCUUGCAAUAUUUUUCUCUUAUAUAUAGCUUCAGCUGCACUGGCUACCUUUUAUAUGGAGGCAGUAUCCCCUAUGUAUAUCAUUCCAUGCUUGCUAUGUGUGGAUGGUGCCUUAAAAGCCUUUUCUCCUUCAGUCUAAUCUUCCCACAGCCUGCCACUUAAAAAAUGUCCAAUAGAUUCGCAAGUGCUUGCAGUAUGCAAACGCUUUGUGCCCAUUCAUUCAGGGCAGAGCCAAACUACAUCUGCUAGCUCCAUUUAAGUUGGGAGCACAAAGCCGACAAAGUGCUGAGCCAGGAAGCAGCUGUUGUCUUGGCCAGCAGCAGAUUCAAGUCUAGUGAGAGCACAGAUAACCAACGUGUCAGGCUAGGUACCUGCUUUAACAAUCACGUUAACAAUCGCAUUGUCUUUGCAUGUAUUAAUUCUACCUGCCAUCACCUCUUGAAACAUUUCAGCAUGCAGGACACUGUCUGAAGUUCCCAAUUUAUGGGAACAUGUUACUACCUCAAAAGGGCCCUGAAACAUUUUUUGAAGGUACGCUCGAACCUUGUUAUAACGAAACGGGAUGUAACGAGGUAAAUGAAAUUCCUCUUUAAAUCUCCAUAGAGAUCCAUGUAUAUUAAACCUCGUUUUAAGGAAGUGAAAUUGUCUUGUCAAUGGAUAUAACGAACUAAAUUUGUCUCAAAAACAAAAAUCAAUUGUUGUCCGCCGAGUACAUCGCUUUGUGCGAGAUUCAGCACUCGCCGCGGCAAUUCAAAACUCCAGCGUCGUAUAUGCCGUCGAGCAACACAGGUCUUUCUCACCACCGUGCAUAGCUGCGCACGAGCUGCGGUUCACUAUCGCACGUCUCCACUGACCUCUCUCUCUUGCACGUGCCUGGCUGCGCGAGCCGCAGCCCCGGCAUGUUGUGCGGCUACGCGAGGCGGUGCUAAAGAUUAGUGCAUUCACUUCUGCACGGCGCGCCACUCUGCCUGGCACAGCUGGGCGUGGCCUCGGAGAUUUCCCUGGUGCAAUCUCGGGUGUCCUGCACGAGUCGUGGCUACGCGUGGUGGUGCGCAAAAUUAGUGCGUUCACUUCUCUGUCAUUACGGCGCACCGCGCAGGCAGCCGAAGCUGGGCGUCACCUCCGAGAUCUCCUCGGCGCAAUCUCGGGGGUCACACCCAGGCCGUGCAUUCAUACGUCUCCCUCUCCCUGCAGCGCGCCACGUGGCAGCUGGGCGUGGCAUCCGAGAUCGCACUGGCACCAGUGCACUCUCGGAGGCCACGAGCCGGCCGAGCAAGUUCGCUUGCCAUUCUCGAUUACACAGCAGAGCGCUGUGUUGUGUACCAGGCGCUAGAGACUGCGACGAGCCAAGUGGAAGGCGGAAACAAAAGACCAUCACAAUGGAACAGAAGGCAGCUAUCUAAAGGCUGUCGAGUCAGGUGCUAAGAAGUCGCGUGCUGCACAUGCCAAAGAUUCUUUUGUUGUUGUAUUCAAAUUUGAUCGGAUGCGUGGCUGUGUAGCGGUUCCGCAGGCCGCAAAGCUGUUUUCUUAUUUCCAUGUGACAAUUGUGCACCCCAUUGUAAAUGGAAAUAUGGAUAUAACAAAGUAGUUUCGGCUCCCCCUUCAACUUUGUUAUAACGCAGCCCGAGUGUGGUAUGAAACUGUUGCCAAUCCAUAGACGAUGCUCCUGUGAAAAUGUGAGCCAAUUAUUAUUCCACUGCAUGCAGCAUGAAAUGUACAACCUCGUGUCAAAUACAGUAAAAAAUUGCUUUGUUCCUUCCUUUGCAAUUUUGUCAGCAGCUACACCAGUAUUAGUGGAUUUUGCAGUUCUGAAAACAUUCUCAGUAAUACUACUAUUAUUGGUAAUUUUGAGUUAUAUUUGUGAAAAGAUAUAUGUCUGCGACCUUUGCAUUGCUCGUCUACACACGGUAGCAGGUGCAGCGUGUAGCUGCAUCUGCUGCGCCUGGCCUCAGAUAUUGCACCGGCAUGCUACGUAGUGGCCACCACGAGGUGCCGCGGCGAGCCCUCUGAUUGGUCUUUGUGGGUUACGCAACUCCAGGGGCAUGGCGAGGCAGCCCACUUCAUCACGCACAGCUGAAUUGAAAGUAGCGUUGCAAAGACAAAGAAAAAAAAAUGAAAAUGCAUAACUUCUGGGUAGGGUCGUGCCCCCUUGCCAUCCCCCCUGUGUAGCUUUCAGCAAGUUAGUGGAGGGAGAGAGCAAAAGUCGUGCAUCGGUGCAAUGACUACCUCUAACUCAGCUUAUACUUGAAGGAUAUGAAAAAUUCUUGCGGCAGGAGAUUCGUGAGGUAUGUCCUUUCUGUGAUUAGUUAGAAAAGUGCUUAAGGGCCUCAUUUAACUCUUUGAAAAAUGGUGGUUGUGAGAGGCAGCUUCCAUUUCAUAAUUUAUUGCUCGUCACACGGGUACUUCCCUUCAUUCAUAAGGCACCUACUUUAAGCAGCUCAGUAGCUCUACCAUGAGGCCGUUGAUAAAAAAAAAAGUAAGCGAGUUCCAUGAUUGGGAAAUCUGAUGAAACAGCAGAGCUCUGCUAGCAUGAGUGUAGUGGGUAUGACGCUCGCCUUCGGACCUGGGUUCAAAUCCCGCCUUGCCAAGAAAGUUUAUAUUGUUUUUUUCUUUGCUCGCUCCUUUCUCUCUCUGUGUGUCGCUCUCUCUCUCUCUCUGUCGCUCUUUUUCUCUCGCCCAUAGCAAGUUGUGUUACAAUCGUCGGUACAAUGCAUCUUCUUUCUGGGGCUUUACGUGCCAAAACCAGUUCUGAUUAUGAGGCACGCCGUAGUGGAGGGCUCCGGAUUAAUUUUGAACACCUGGGGUUCUUUAACGUACACUACAACGCAAGCACACGGGCGUUUUUGCAUUUCGCCUCCAUCGAAAUACUGCCGCCGCGGCCGAGAUUCGAUCCCGCGACCUCGUGCUCAGCAGCGCAACGCCUUAGCUGAUUGAGCCACCCCGGCGGGUGUCGGUACAAUGCAACCAUAUGGUUCCCAUAAAUGUAUGUUCUGCAAGUGUGGGUGUAUAUUGCAGUGGUCAUGAUGCUUGCCUUCAGACCGUGGGUACCUGGCUCGAAUCUCGCUUUGCCAAGAAAUUUUAUUUUAUUUAUUUAUUUCUCUCGCUCUCUGCACCUCCUCUCCUCUGCUUUCACUCUCUCCCAGCUCGGCGAUGCUGCGCACGAGACCAACCUAGCGAGGUCUUAACAGCUCUACUGUAAAACAUAUUUGGGUAGCUGGAUGGCAUCUCUUAGAUUGCGUCCUGUGCACUUUAAUGCCACUCUGGUGGUUGCUGCCAUUUCUUCCUCAGCCUCGACAAGCUGUGAAGAAUAUUAAAUCCUCCUCUACAAUUACCUGAUAAACAGAGAUCUUUUUUUCCCUUAUGUUUUGCUUGCCUUCAGUAUUUGCUGGCUUUGGAAUUCCCGAAUAUUCUUGCACAGCCUUUUUGAUGGUUUGUGUUGUUCCAAACAGCAAGUGCACCAUUUUUACUUCGUGCUACAGUGUUUUCUCUUUUUUUUUUUUCUUUAAAAUGGUAACAAUGCACUGCGGAAGUAGAUAUGUAAUUUAUAUUUCCAUCUGAUUCAAGCAAACCUCAAAAUUUUAGUUCAUGCAGUAUGUUUUCAAUUAAUUUCUGAGCCACUUAGUUCAAACAAGCAGCACUAGAAUUUCCACUAAUUCAAACUUCUUGGCUUCCCAGGGACGAGAAAGAUGGCUUACGAGAAGGCAGCCACAUGGAACUAAUAUGCUUAGUGCACUUGCAUGCAAGCUGCUGUGUGCAUUGGCAGGCACCACUAGUACUAAUGGUGCCUGCCAAUGCACACAGCAGCUUGCAUGCAAGUGCACUAAGCAUAUUAGUUCCAUGUGGGUACUAGUGGUUAAAUGGUACGACUAUAGUGAUGCAAGUGAAGCUGUUAUUUCCCCUCCUAGGAGGGGCUGUGAGUACUGUGCAAAAUGAAAUAUCCGUGUAAUGGUCACAGGUAGCAUUCACGAUGUCCAACUUAAAAUUUUAGCACCAUGCUGAGAUGCAUGCAGUCGGCUUUAACUUCUUUCCUCAUCUUGUGUAGCUGCAGGCUUUAGACAUGACAUAUUUCAAAGCGGUUGUGUUCUUACUGGUAGAAUUUCGAAGGAACCUUUGUGGGCAUGACAUGGUGACUGCACUCUUGGGUUUUUCUUGUUGCCCCUGCAUUUGAUCUUUGCCAGCACUUCACUUUUUUCUUGUAAAUGUUUACCAGUUCAGAAUUUACUGCGUGUGAGUAAUAAAGUAAAAUCUACCUGCUUACUGAUGGAAAUACAAGCGACCAACAGGAUUACUUCAUGCGACACUCCUUGCUGUCGUGUUUGUCGCCACAACAGCACAAGUGUGUUCACUGUUUUAACGACUGUUUGCUGUUUAAGUGCUCUGUGAAUAGGCUGUGUUCAGAGCUGCUUAAAUGUGGAAAUAAAAUGCAAUUUUAUUUUA